ACGUCGCUUCCUCUUUCUAAAUGAAAUUGCCCAAAAGAUGGACAUCCAGGAAGAAUCACAGAUCAAAGAAGACAAACAUUAAAAUAAGGUUUGAAAGAGGAAGAGAAGCACCAGAUGUGAAGGACGACAGAGAGAAAACUAGAUGGACACAGUUGGAAAACAGGACAGCAGCGAAAAAAGAAACAAGUUGAAGGAUGUAGUGGGAGGAUGAGAAAAACAGGGAGAUCUGAGGUAAGAAAAAUGAAAAGAGUGAACAGAGUGUGGGGACCCACUGUAUGUAUGAACACUUAUAUUCGAGCGUGUUCACCUUUAUCCCUUUUGGGAUUUACUCUGCCUUCUUAGUAGUAAUCCCACAUCUUCUAAUCCAACCCUCCCCGCCUCACCUCCAACAUCCCUUCAAACACACACACAUGCACAUGUAGCCCACAUUCUCUCAUUAACCAGCAGCCAUUCAUGUUGUUGGACUACUGCUGUCAUGCUCAUAAAACGCCAUGGACCCUUCUCCUUCAAGCCUACACCCAGUGACACCUGGGUAAGGAUGUUCUGCACGAUGUAGGAAACAGGCUAGGAUAUAGAGCACAGAUAUAGAGUGACAGUAUCGAACUGACAAUGUCAGGAGUUUGUGGCAGCCACCAGGUCUGGGUGACUGGUUUUAACAUAAUCUAUUGGAUUAUUGGAGCACUAUGUAUUUUUAACACAUUGUCAUUGUCCAAGCAUUUCUUUAUCUGCUACAUGCAGUUUUAGACAGUUUAUUCUGAUUUAUUGCUGCCAUUUGAAUUAUAUUAUCUCCACUGUAAACACUAUCAACAUCAGGCUGAAUAGUUUUAUGAGGUGUGUGUCCUAAUGUGAGUAUAGAAUAGAGUAUAGAGAAUAGCUGGUAUCUAGAAUAGUUGUUUAGAGCACAGUUUGGUCUAAAGAUGACACACCAGAGAGUUAGCCAAGGUGUUUAGCCGUCUCUCAGGGUAUUAUCAUGAGCUCAGCUGACACACCCUCCAGCUGUCUAAACAGGGCGGUUCCCAGUUGAGGUGGCCACAACAAAAUGUACUGUAGGCCGCAAUUAUUAUUAUUGUUUUUCUAAACAAUUAUAAAUACUUAUAUGUGCUGCUGUAGGAUACAGAUAUGUAGUUUUGUCCUACCACUUCUCACUACUAUUAAUUUCUAUAUUGCUAUUAACCUGGAGAGAUGAACUAGAAGUAAUAAAGAAGUACAAAAGAAUCAAACUUUAUAUACUAUAACAUCAUGACAUAAUCACUAAUGAUGAUCUCAGCAUAUAUCUUCUAGAAAUGAAGAAAUAAACAGUCUAUUUAUUUUAGACAUUUAUCAAACAAGAUCCAUACUAGCAGCUUUAUGACACUGCAAUCAGUGUUGCUAACUAAUUUCAGUGGAAAGUAGCCAACCAGUCAUGGUUGGACAAAACUGAAGACAACCUUGCAUUCUAGGAAACUGUUGGUUAUUUUCUUAUAUAGAAUAAAUAAGUCAGUCAUAAAAAUGACUGACAGAUGAAUAAAAAAAAAAAAAAAACAAUACUUAGACACUAUGUGCCUUGAUAACCAUGGAACUAGAUCAACUCAAGUGCAACACAUUUGUAGAAAUGAAUAUUCCUGUGAAAAGACAGGGUAGUGGAGCCUGUUUAUCACCCUAUCUGUGCGCUGUAUCACAGCAGACAUUUGAUUUGUCACAGCAGUGAAAGCACAGGUGCAACUGACAGGAUUAACAAUGACUCCAAUGCAUUAAUGUGCCAAUGAGCCACCAUGCAGGGUCCUGGCACUGGCACGCCUGACUGGAUGGCAACUCGUUAUUAAUGUCACUCGUUACACUUGUGUUUGAUGAGCUGAAAUGUCAGCUGUGAGAAAAGGUCGUCUUGCAAAAUCUGUUGAUGUGCAUGGUGUGCUUCUACUCUCUGUACUACAUCAUGGUCAGUCUCUGCAUUGGGCUGCUCAGGGUUCAUGAGAUCAACAGUUUGUUGGCUCCAUUCGACUACACAACACAACCGUCAUGGCAGAACCCCAAAUACCUGGUUGGUGUAAUUUCCACAGAAGUGACGUAUGUUUUGGGAGGGCCGGUGUUCGCCUGGAUUGUAGAGGAGUGGGUCUGGGAUUACGCCAUAACUGUCACACUACUGCACAUUGUCAUGACUGUAGCAGUGAUGUCUGACGUCCCUUCAGCUGAGCACUGGUGGAUAGCUUUGGGUUCAGGCCUAGUGAUGAUGAUAUUUGGAGGACAGCUCCUGGCCUAUAAGUUCUUCAGAAGCAACUUUGUCUAUCCGGCUGAACUGCAGAACUUCUAAUGAAUACAACAAGGAAAGCCUUUAACUGGCUUACUCAUUAGUCUCAGGAUGUGUUCUUUUGCUGUGAUUUUCACUGCUAGGUGAACAAUUGCAUAAGAAAUUAUCUAUGAAGGUUGUGCAUAUUUUUCCAUGAAGCAACCACAAGACACUUUGCCUACUAGAUAGCUUUGUUGUUUAGCUAAUAAAUCCCUCCUUGUACAAAUGGCACAACUUUGUCUAUUUAAGAAGGGUUCUUUUAAAUACUGUGCGGUUUAAGUUCUGUUUAUUUGCAAAAUUUAUAUUGUAAACUUUAGCAAAAGGUAAUAAAGCAGAUGACACCUCUAGCGUCCUGUAAAAGACUGGACUUACAGCUGCUAAAUAUGAGCAAGUUUAAAAACUCUGCUGGCUGAUAUUGUUACAAUGAUGUACGUCCGCAACCUUUCAGCUGUGUAGAAUGUACAAGAAUAGUAAACUGUAGUAGUCUGAUAAAGAAAGAAUAACUUGCUCUGAAAAAAAUCCAUGAUCUCUGUAGCCUCUUCAUAAUCCUCAUCUUAAUACGAGGGGAUUUUGUUGUUUUCAUGUUUGGUGAAUUUAUUCCACAAACAAUCAUUUUAAUACUGGUUUUAUAGUAACAUCCACUGGAUUUCCAUUAAAUUCCUAAUGCAAAACCAUUGUUGUGUGUUCAUAUCAGUGUAUCCAUGCAUGCAUGGGCGUGCCAGUGAUUGAAUCUAUGAAGAUCUUGACCUAGCUGAGCGCUACACCCAGAGAUCAAGGCUCCAACAGAGCAAAAUGGGCAACUGUGCAGGGGCUGCAGAGUUUACUCCAUAAAAUGUUUGUCUUUAUAAACUGAUUAUGUAUAUUUUAAUUUGUUGAUCAUUUGCAACACUAAACUAAAAUAUCAGCUAUUACAAGUCCUCCACUCCCCACCUUGUAUCUCCUCUCUCAAAAAGGGACUUCAAAAGUUUUUUUGUGCAUCUUGAGUUCCUCCUUUGUAAAGUUGUGUUUUAUUAAACCACUUUAAUUUUUCUAUGUUAGAAAACUUUGUGUAACACAGACUUUGGCCCUCUGGCUACACAGUUGAUUCUCAUUUGUUAUCAAGGUCACCUGACUCAUACUGGAGCGAACCAAACCUGGGUGACCAACAAACUCGGCCGUCGAUUUUGCCUGCUUAUCGCGCUAAAAUAAAAAAAUUUCUAACGGAUGCGGUAACUUAAC